AUGGCCCCUGCCAGGACCGUCUUCUCUCUUAUUAUAAUCAACAAGGCCGGUGGUUUGAUCUACCAGCGCGAAUUCCAGGCCGGCCUGCAUAAACUCUCUACCAACGAUUAUCUUGUCCUGGCGGGCACCUUUCACGGUGUCCAUGCUAUCACCCGCUCCAUCACUCCCAAGCUCCCUCUUGCCCCAGCGACCGGGUCCCCCGCCGUAUCAUCACCCGGUGCCAAUGCCCCCGCGGGCUCAGGCUACAGCCAUCCCAACCCAGGGGUUCCAGUGACAGGCCUGGAACAUCUCGAGACUGAAAAAUUCCGAUUGACCUGCUUCCAGACGCUGACUGGAACCAAGUUCCUGCUGUUUACCGACCCCAUGACCGGCAACGUGGAUACGAUUGUCAACAAGAUCUACGAGCUGUAUGCCGACUACGUGAUGAAGAACCCGUUCUACCAACUCGAGAUGCCCGUACGAUGUGAAGCCUUCGACCGAAAUCUGGGUAGCUGGAUACAAGGGCGAACAUAA